UGUGUAAAAAAACCAACAUAUGUAUGCCAGACGGACCUAUCUAUUCCAAGGUGUGACAUUUUGUUCAUACUAUACGGAGUGUAAACUGGUUUCUCUGUUGUACGCUGACGAACUUGUGAUCGAAGUUGAUCUAAAAUGGCUGAAAAUGACUGAAUAUGAUCUAUAAAACGUCGUUUUGAUAGCUCAUCUUAAGAUAUUUGCACGGUCCUCAUGCUUCAAAUUAGAUAUGGACCUGUUCUGUAAUGGAGAUCAGUUACCAACCUUUUCCGAGCCAUGGAAUUUCAGUGACACUGUCUUGGUGGCAGAGGACAAAAGAUUUCAUGUUCAUAAAUCCAUUCUGGCCAUCAGUUCUCCUGUGUUUAACACAAUGUUCCAGUCUGGCUUUAAAGAGGCAACGUCAACUGAAAUACCUCUUCCUGGGAAGAAGGCGGAAAAGAUUUAUGAACUACUGUGUAUGAUCUAUCCAUUUCCUGUGCAGAUUUCAGAUCAACAUGAUGUGAGAAGCUUGCUCGAGUUAUCCCGAGAAUACCAAAUCACAAAGCUGGCAACUCGCUGUGAAGAGCGCCUUCUUCAGAAGCAAAGUUCCGUCGAACUUGUAGUCUUGGCGCAAGAAUUUUCACUCAAACGGCUCCUGGAAAAAUGUCUGGCUUCUCUUGGCAGAAUGAACCUCCAAGAUCUGAAGAACUGUCCCGGUUUUGACAACAUUGAAGCCGAGAAUCUGGUUUGCCUCUUGAACAACCACCUUCGUUGGCUGAAAGAGCAGCACGCCCGAGAAAUACGGCAGUUACGAGAGCAGUCGUUGAAGGAGAAAGCGCGCAUUUUGGAGAUCGUUAACGAGCUGAACAGUUGCUGGGGCUACAACAAACUGCCAAUCAGAGGUUGCGCGUGCGCAUCGUAUACCAAGUCCUGUGACAAUUGUAACACGGUACUCGAGAAAUACGUGAAGACAAAGUGUGGGGAACUUAUUGAAGCGCUUCAACAGAACAUCUAGUGAACGGACUUCCCUGUGAGAACAGAAACCGGUUUGAUUUAUAAAUCAUGUGCUUUUGUUGCUAACGUUCAAGUUGUAGAUAUUUUCCCUUUCUCGCAGACUGUACAUAUAUCUUGUUAACCAUGCGUGAGGGCCAUUCAGGAAGAAUAUUGACCCGAGGUGUUGACAGUACGGAUACGGCCGAUAUUCUUUUAGUGCGGUCUCGGCAAGUUUGGUUAGGUUGAAAAAUGUUUGACCCGCAAAUGGAACAAUCUGAUUGGUUGAUUUUGGUUAUUAACCUAAGGUAGUCGUUUAAUAAUAACCUCUCACUAACUGAGCGCGAGGGACGUACUGGGGAAUAUUGACCGAGGGCCAAUAUUCCCGAGUACGGCUCGAGCAAACUAGGUUAGUAAGUAGUUUAUUACAUGGCACUCGGGCCAUGAUUGUUUAUUCAAUGUUCCGGCUUUCGAACACACAAGAAAGCAUACGUUUUAUGACCGUUUUGUAUGUACCGUCCGUAUGGCAAAGUCCCGACCAAGAAAGAAUCAAUCAGAACGCUCCGAUUUAGUUCUUGCCAUUUACUAAUCUAGGACAAGAGACUAUGUUUCUUGUCUGGGACAUUUUUCGCUUUAGCGCAGUGUUUGUAAAUGAAAAUUGUAUUAAAUAGCAGUAUUAUUUCGGGG